UGAUUCCCAUCCUGGUGCACGGGAUGCGCUACUCCGAGAUCGACAGCAUCCUGCUCAAGGGCGCCGCGGAGGAGGACGGCGCGGCGCCGGACGGCGAGCAGGACGUCCGGCCGUGCUACCUGCGGAAGCGCUCGGCCCAACAUCUUCGGGAGGAGCUGCUCUUCCACCUGGAGUGGGUGGGCAAGGAGUCGGGGAUCCUGGUGCUGGGGGACAUCGCCGAAGGAGUCCAUCCAGAAGCUGAUGCCGCCGCUGAUCCAGAAGUGCAACGAGCUCAAGGACAAGGACGAGGACAAGGACCUGUUCCCGCUGCUCGAGGUGCCCCCGAGGGUGCUGGCAGGGUGGCAGGGUGCCCGUGCCACCCGUGACGCUGUCCCCGCUGUCCCCGCUGCCUGUCGGUGGCCGCGGCGCUGCAGCGCGGAUUCCUGCCCCACCGUGAGCCGGGGCACCGGCGCUGCGUGGCACCGGUGGCACCCACGGCAGGGACACCCACGGCGGGGACACCCACGGACGUGACACCCACGGCGGGGACACCCAUGUCCCCAUGGCAGUGACACCCAUGUCCCCAUGGUGGUGACACCCACGGUGGUGACACCCAUGUCCCCAUGGCGGUGACACCCAUGUCCCCACAUCCCCGUGUCCCCACAGCCGUGACACCCACGGCAGUGACACCCAUGUCCCCAUGGCAGUGACACCCAUGUCCCCAUGGUGGUGACACCCACGGCGGUGACACCCAUGGUGGUGUCACCCACAGCGGUGACACCCAUGUUCCCAUGUACCCGCAGCAGUGACACCCAUGGCGGUGACACCCAUGUCCUUGCAUCCCCAUGUCCCCAUGGUGGUGACACCCAUGGCGGUGACACCCAUGUUCCUAUGUACCCGCAGCAGUGACACCCACGGCAGUGACACCCACGGCGGGGACACCCAUGUCCCCAUGGCGGUGACACCCAUGGUGGUGACACCCAUGUCCCCACGGCAGUGACACCCAUGUUCCCAGACGGUGACACCCAUGUCCCAAUGGCGGUGACACCCAUGGCAGUGACACCCAUGUCCCCACGGCAGUGACACCCAUGUCCCCACAGUGGUGACACCCAUGUCCCACGGCAGUGACACCCACGGCAGUGACACCCAUGUCCCCAGGCGGUGACACCCAUGGCGGUGACACCCAUGUCCCCACGGCAGUGACACCCAUGUCCCCACGGCGGUGACACCCAUGGCAGUGACACCCAUGUCCCCACGGCGGUGACACUCAUGUCCCAAUGGCGGUGACACCCAUGUCCCCACGGCGGUGACACCCACGGCAAUGACACCCAUGCCCCACGGCAGUGACACCCAUGUCCCCAUGGCGGUGACACCCACGGCAGUGACACCCCAGUCCCGCGGGUUCCGGUGCCCGGUUCCCGGUCCGGUUCUUUUUUCACCGUUUCCGGGGCGGGUUGGGGGGAGGGGCGGUGCCAUAAAGGCCUUUGUGGACCGAG